AUGAUUCAGUGACUCAAAAGUGUCAUCAGUUGUUUACUCGUUUCAGUGUCUUGCCUGAGACAGCAGUGUGGGUUUAGUUCAGCUGCCUACAGCAGUUCCCAAAAUAACGUAUUUCGUUUAUUAAUGUGAUUGAUUAUUAUUUAAUUCGCAGAUUGAGGUUAAGUCAUUUAUUAUUGUCGGGCCUGUAUUGAAUGGCUUUCAGUGCGUUAACGUUAGCUCUCAGCUAGCGCUAAGCUUCCAGCGCUUCUCAAAUUCAACAGAUUCAGUUCGUCAAAAAAACAACAACACUCAAACAUGUCGUGUACGUGUGCUUCAGCAGCGAGAAAUCUCAUAAAUUCAGCUCAUAAAGGAAUAUCCGGCUCCAGAAUCCAGUUACUGUCACUGAGCCGCCGGGGGACUCUUGAGGUUCGUCUGGGGCGCCGCGUCCCCGUGAGGUCGUUCUCCGAGACGACUGUGUAUUAUGCUUCAAAAGAUGGGAUGAAAGAUGGAGAUGGUGGAAAGAAAUCAGUUGGUGAAGGAAGUGGAAAAAGAAGCAGCUCUAGUAAUUCCGGCAAAGGAGGAAGUCAGCUGAGAUGCCCCAAAUGUGGAGAUCCUUGCACACAUGUGGAAACAUUUGUUUCAUCAACUCGCUUUGUGAAAUGUGAAAAAUGCCACCACUUUUUUGUGGUGCUUUCAGAAACUGACACUAAGAAAAGUUUAAGUAAAGACCCAGAGUCUGCAGCGGAAGCGGUCAAGUUGGCUUUCCAGCAGAAACCCCCUCCGCCACCUAAAAAGAUCUAUGCUUAUCUUGAUAAGUAUGUUGUGGGUCAGGAUCAUGCUAAGAAGGUUCUGUCGGUGGCCGUGUACAAUCAUUAUAAACGCAUCUACAACAACAUGCCGGCAGGCUCCAGGCAGCAGCAGGUGGAGGUGGAGAAACAGGCCUCCCUCACUCCUCGAGAGCUAGAGCUAAGACGACGGGAGGAUGAAUACAGGUUUACAAAGCUGCUGCAGAUCGCAGGGAUCAGUCCUCAUGGAAACGCUCUGGGCGCCUCCUUGCAGCAGCAGCUGAACCAGCAGGCGCCUCCAGAGAAGAGAGGAGGAGAAGUACUGGACUCCACAAACGCUGACAUCAAACUAGAGAAGAGCAACAUAGUGCUGCUGGGCCCCACCGGCUCAGGGAAAACACUUCUGGCCCAAACGCUGGCCAAAUGCCUGGAUGUUCCCUUUGCGAUCUGUGACUGCACCACCCUCACUCAGGCAGGAUACGUGGGAGAGGACAUAGAGUCAGUCAUCGCAAAGCUACUGCAGGACGCCAACUAUGUGAUUGAGAAAGCUCAACAAGGUAUCGUGUUUUUGGACGAAGUAGACAAGAUAGGUAGCGUUCCUGGGAUCCAUCAGCUAAGGGAUGUGGGAGGAGAGGGAGUGCAGCAGGGUUUACUGAAGCUACUGGAAGGCACUAUUGUUAAUGUUCCUGAGAAGAACACGAGGAAACUGAGAGGUGAAACUGUCCAAGUUGACACCACCAACAUCCUGUUUGUAGCAUCUGGAGCGUUUAAUGGCCUUGAUCGUAUCAUCAGCAGGAGAAAGAAUGAGAAGUACCUUGGGUUUGGAACACCGUCUAAUAUGGGGAAAGGUCGACGGGUGGCGGCAGCGGCUGACCUGGCUAACACCACAGGUGGAGAGGUGGCCGCGGUGGCCGAGAUCGAGGAGAAGGACCGGCUUCUGAAACACGUGGAGGCCAGAGACCUCAUUGAGUUCGGCAUGAUUCCUGAGUUUGUGGGCCGUCUUCCUGUUGUGGUUCCACUGCACAGUCUUGAUGAGGAGACACUGGUGCGGAUCCUCACAGAGCCACGCAAUGCUGUUGUGCCUCAGUAUCAGACCCUCUUCAGCAUGGACAAGUGUGAUCUCAACAUGACACCUGAUGCCCUGAGAGUGAUUGCCAGACUGGCUCUGGAGCGUAAAACCGGAGCACGUGGGCUUAGAUCCAUAAUGGAAAAACUGCUGCUAGAUCCCAUGUUUGAGGUGCCACAUUCAGAUAUUGUGGCCGUGGAAGUGAACAAGGAAGUAGUUGAAGGAAAAGCACAACCUCAGUACAUAAGAGCUGCAGCUAAAGACUCUUCUGAGGAGGAGUACGACUCUGGAAUCGAAGAGGAAAACUGGACAAGACAGGCUGAUGCCGCCAAGAACUAAAAACUACAAACCCGGUUUAUAGUCAAGACUUUUCUUUAGUUGAUUGUUUGCCUCCUUGGUUCUCCUAAGGGUCCAUUUCUCACUGUAUGCUUGUGAUGACUUGUUACUCACUUUGGAAAUUCUUAUUCCUCGAAAAUAUCCCAAAUCUACUCUCACUUAGAGAAAUUAGUUUAAAGUCAAACAAAUUCUCCCCUGACACUUUCCUCAUAAAGAGAUUGUUAACAGUAUGUGAAAUGUAAAGAGAAUUUUAUUUUGUUCUUAUUAACUUGAUCUUGUAAGUGAUUUUAUGAACCGUUUGAUUGGACACCAAACAGAGUGAAGAGGGCUUGUACCAAUGUAUGUUUGACUUCAGAUUCCCUAUGUCUCUCUUUGCCCUGCUUGGAAUAAAAUUACACAUUUGUGUCACACUGGUCAUGCACUGAUUGUAUUGAUAUAAGUAGAGUUCCUUAUAAAGCUAUAUCGGAUCACUUUAAUCAGAUAUCCCAAUAUGCCCAUGGUAAAUCAGUUUUUGUAGCUGACACACUUGUAUGAUAAUUAGAAACCCAUCUGAAUAUGUAUUUUAUUAAGGUCUGUUUAAUUUAAUUAGGUCUCUGAAUGAGCUGGCUUGUUUUUUUCCCCCCAUUAAUCAAUGCUAUGGGAUUUUUACGUCAGUUUUGCUAGUACACUCAAGCUGCUAUUUGCAUAUGAUAAGGGUCAAGAAAAUCAGUAACUGGCUGGAAUUGUAUUGAAUUGUAUCAAUGUGUUGUCAUGAUUUCUGUUGUUCUUCACAAAGUGGCCCAGUGAUGAACGAUUUAUUUGUAUUGGCCAGAUUAAAACAAAUUGGACACAAGUAACUUUGGUCUCUUUGAGAAAGUUGUGCAUCAGUAAGUGAUCUCUGCUAAAUUAAUUUUAAAUCGCUGCACAGAAAUAGAUUGUUUUUUCUUUUGAAUUGCGUUGUUUGUUACAGAAUAUACUCGUGCAAAGUGGGAAGGGGUUACUUUUUUUGUAUAGAAAGAGUAGAAGCCAUGUAUGUUUUUGAUCCCCACCCUUCAAGUCGAAGCAUAUAUGUACAAAACAAAUGUAUGUAGGAAUAAAAUGUAAAUAUUCUCACUGA